AGAGGAGUGCAAUCUGUAUUUUGGCUAGAGGACUCUUGGAAUGGAAGAUACAAGGCCCCUGAAUGGCCACAAUGAUAAUGUGGAUUGAAAAGAGCAGACUCAGAGAAGCUAUGGCAGGUCUUUCAGAAGUAUGCCAGCAUAGACAAGGCUGGCGAGAAGUUUAUGUCAGGGGAAGACUUCGUUCAAAAAUAUCUUGGCCUUUACCAGGAGGCUAACUACAAUUCCGAAGCUGUGAAACUCCUGGCAGGCAUUGUUGACACAAGCAAAGAUGGGGUAAUAUCAUUCCCAGAAUUUCAAGCCUUUGAAGCUCUCCUGUGUGCACCAGAUGCCCUCUAUAAAACAGCAUUUCAGCUGUUUGACACCAAUGGAAAUGGAAUGGUUUCAUUCGAUGAAUUUUCUGAGGUCAUCCAGCAGACAUCUCUCUAUCAACGCCUGCCAUUUGACUUGGACUCAGAUCUGAUGAAGCUGUACUUUGGGAAGGACAAGAAGAGAAUCAUCAGUUUCCCUGAGUUCAGUCAGCUUCUUCAUGACUUCCACGAGGAGCAUGCCCUCCAGGCAUUUCGUCGGUUUGACAAGCGCGGUCAAGGUUUCAUCUCGGCCCUCGACUUCAACGACAUCAUGGUCAGCAUCAAGAGUCAUCUGCUAACCCCAGUCGUCCGGAUGAAUUUGGUUGCAGCUGCCGGAGGAGGUCUAGGUGGACGUCCUGUCUCCUUCCCCUACUUUGUGGCUUUCAUCUCCCUCCUUCAAAACAUGGAGCUCAUCAAGAAAAUCUAUCUGAAUGCCACAGUUGGUGACCGAUUGGCCGAAGUCACGAAAGAGGAAUUCCUCCGUUCGGCACAAAUGAUGUCGCAGAUCACCCCCUUGGAGGUUGACAUCCUCUAUGUCCUCGUUCAAUUGAUUCGGCAGACCAGUCGUGUGAUUUAUGAGGACCUGGACAUGAUGACACCUGAGCUGGCUAUGAAAUCCGUACACAUGAGAAUGACUGCAGUCAAAGCUGUCUCUAGCCCUGAUGAGAGGGGAAUAAUGAUCGAGAUCCUAGAGAGUGCAUAUCGUUUCACGCUGGGUUCUUUUGCUGGAGCUGUGGGAGCUACAGCUGUCUACCCAAUUGAUCUGGUGAAGACCCGGUUGCAGAACCAGCGUUCCACAUCCUUUAUUGGUGAGCUGAUGUACAAGAACUCAUGGGACUGUUGUCAGAAGGUCCUACGACACGAGGGUUUCUUUGGACUGUACCGUGGUCUUCUGCCACAGAUUGUCGGUGUGGCACCUGAGAAAGCCAUCAAGCUUACGGUGAAUGAUCUUGUGCGAGACAAGUUUACGGAUGCCAGUGGGAAGAUCCCUUUAUAUGGAGAGAUCAUUGCUGGAGGCUGUGCAGGAGGUUCCCAGGUGAUCUUCACAAAUCCCCUGGAGAUUGUAAAGAUUCGACUGCAAGUUGCAGGAGAGAUAGCAAGCACGGCCAAGACCAGGGCCUGGACUGUCAUCCAGGACCUUGGUUUCUUUGGUCUUUAUAAGGGUUCAAGGGCCUGUUUCCUACGAGACAUCCCGUUCUCGGCCAUCUAUUUCCCAGUGUAUGCACACACCAAGCGGUUGAUGGCUGAUGAAUCUGGCUACAACAGCCCUAUUACAUUGCUCAUUGCUGGUGCUAUUGGUGGAGUUCCAGCUGCUUCUCUUGUGACUCCAGCUGAUGUCAUCAAGACAAGACUUCAAGUUGCUGCUAGAAAAGGACAAACAACAUACUCUGGUAUCAUUGAUGCUGCCAAGAAGAUCUAUGUGGAAGAGGGAUUCCGUGCCUUCUGGAAGGGCACUGCAGCUCGUGUGUUCAGGUCAUCACCCCAGUUUGGUGUGACUCUACUGACAUAUGAGGUCCUUCAGAGGUUAUUUUAUGUUGACUUUGGUGGAAGACGACCGACUGGUUCUGAAGGAAAGGUGUUUGUACCUGAGGCACCAGAAAUGGUUUCUGGGAACCCAGAUCACAUCGGUGGCCUCCGUCUUGCUCUUCCAAUCAUCACGGGUAUCGAGUCUAAGUUUGGGCUCGUACUACCAAAGUACCGCAUGACAAUAGAAUGACAAUAGUCCUCUCUUGGUUAGUCAUGAUGGCAUAAGUCAGUGCAAUAGGUAAACCCUUAACACACCCAUGACACAUUGGUGGGUUCUGUCUCUUGAAUCUCUGGGCUUUGGGCCACACUUGUAGAUUCUCCUUCCUAAGAUCUGCAGUUGACAAAGAAUAGAUCUCGCCUUCCUAGAACUAGAGAUCAUCUGGAUUGUUUUUCAUAUUUAUUAUUGAAAAAUCUUGCAAGAUCUCUAAGGCAUAGCAUUCAGUGAGUCUCUAUGGAGAAUGAAAAUUCUUAAUUAGUGGAGGGAUGGAGAAGCACAGUCUAUUAAAAUGACCCGGUGCUUUGCUAGUGCAAGAUUCAACUUUUUGAUCCCUUGUGGAGUAGUGUACUGUUGAAAAAAUGUUUGUUACCAAAAGCUUUGAUCCAGCCAAGUAUCUGGUGGUGCAGUGACAACAUAUCACUAUUGUGCUCAUGGUCUGUGCUUCUAAGAAUCCAUCCACCUGUUAAUUACUUUUCCACAUGUUUCUUAAGCCCAUCCUUAACCUUGUUGCCUGCACACAAGGUUCCCUUGUACAAGUAUUUUCAUCCCUGGUGGAUUUGUAUAGCAUGUUGAAGGAAGUUAUAAAGGUAUUUAAUGAAAGUUU